UGAGCAGUUUGCAAUAGCGCCAGAUAAACGUAACGGCUUCAGAACACAACAGGAAGGAUGCGGUGCGUGGCGUGAGGUGACAGCUUAUUUUGCAAAUACGAGGAAUACAUUUUUGCCAAGCUUCAAAAACGAGUGUGAAAUUUCAUAGUAACCAAAAGUGUACCUUUUUCUUUCGGGUUGGAUAGUUUAUUUGUUUUACACAUAUACUGUUGUAGCCUAUUGGUCCACUUACUGAACCCUGGACAUACUAUCAAUACCGUCUUUGUGUUGGGUGGAUGGAGAGCUGGGUGGCCCACCUCGGGUUUGGAAUUUGAGGUCGAGGACAUCCUUUCCCCAGGAAGGAAACUCCAGGAAUUCGUAAAUGUGUCAUCACCUGCACCAGAUCCCAGCUCUUCGCUUGAAACCGUCGACCUGUCUCUGACCCUUCUUCUAAGCCUCACUGGAUUGGACGGUCAUUGUUUUUUUGUGUUGACCCUGACUGAGAGUUCCCACGCACGGCGACCAUGCCCAUCCUGAAGCAGCUGGUGGCGGGCUCGUCGCAGACCAAGCGGCGCACCCGCGCGGAGCUCACCACCGAGAUGAUCAGCGCCCCGCUGGGCGACUUCCGCCACACCAUGCACGUGGGCCGCAGCGGCGAGGCGUUCGGGGACACGUCCUUCCUGAGCAGCCGCUCGGGCGAGCCCCCCCGCGAGCCGCCCGCCGCCGCCGCCAUCCUCCCGCGCUCGCCCAAGCCGGGCCUGCUCACCCGCACCUUCCGCAGCAGCAAGCGCUCGCAGUCCGUCAACCGCGUGGACCAGCGAGGCGACACGCUGCUGCCGCCGGGCGGAUCGCCGACCGUGGUCAAGAACGCCCUGUCCCUGCCGUUCCUCAACGACGAGAGUGACGGCGAGGGAGGAGGAGGAGGUCGAGGUGAUCGAGGCACAAAUAGAGACUCAUCCGGGAGUGCCAGAACAUCAACAGCCACAGCUGCCACAACAGCCACAACAGCGAUACGAGCUAGAAGAGCCCGAAGACGUACACGAAGACGUAAACAACCAUCACGAUCAGGUCCCUCCCAGACCACCAAGCUCAGUAGACCAGGACAUCCAGAUGGAUGCUCCCUGCACCCCCGAGCUUCAGCCCAAGGACCUCCAGAACACAGACAGUUGCUCCAUGUCCAGCUCUGGCUCUGCAGCCCUAGAGGAGAAGCCACCGAGCCAGCUGCUGGAGGUGGAGGUGGAGGUGGAGGCACCAGGCGCCACCCGCUACAGCCCACCUCCACCUGUGGAGGAGGGAGAGUUCUCAUCAUUCAUAGAGGAUGAGGACGACGAAAUACGUCUGUAAAGCUUCGUAAAGUGACUGGGUGUUUUUAGAGACACAAGACACAGAGAUUAUGACUCGGACCUUUUGACAUGUGUCCUGUGGUACAACUUCAGUGACAACGUGUCGAAUAUAACUUAACUACUGUUUCCUUGAGGAGUUUCUUAGUAUAUCAAAUCCAGAGUACCAUCCGCGAUGCGUGGCUCCUUCCGAUUCCUUUACUCCGGGAGAGGAAUCAGAGCGACAGCUCCCGCUCACCCAAGAGUGUCACAUGGCACGACCAUCUGUCUCACUUGCCUCAACACGUCAUCUGACAACCCAAAUGAGGCACGCAACACGACUGGAUUAUAACCAAAAUUCUUCCUGGAUUGCACUGAUACCUCCAUGAGGAGAGUAAAUGCUACAUCAAUGUUUAAGAGACGUCAAGGGCUUUUCUUCAUAAACCAAUGUCGUGAGGCUGUGUCUGGCCACAUCCUCUGCAGAUUGCAUGUGGGGAAACCCACAGUUUGAAUAUACCCCUGGCCCUGUACAUCCCGCCAUGCCAAUGUGGGUGGACUCCAUUUACCCUGCCAUCUGUAUCUGUAGUCUGCCGUCAACCGACUGCUAUGUCUCCUGCAAACAGUUCUGUUUCUCUUCACCUCAUCAGCAGUGCUCUAGCCGAGGGCAGUGUUUGGUCUGUUCAGGGGGGCCUGAUUGUCAGGAUUGUUCUGGACGAGAGGCAGUCUGUGUAGUAAAUCAGUGGUGGAUGAAUAGAACAAACAGCCUCACUCACAUCCACCGCAUCCCUGUCUGCCUCUUUAGGUCUGGUGCCUGGGCCAAGGCCAGGAAAAGUGGAUGGUAUCUCGGUUCAGAGGUCACACGUCUGUUUAUCUAACACAGUGCAGAGGCACAGACUAGGGGACGUGAGCGAGGCAUAAUUUACCCAGCACCCUCCCUGAGCUGACUCCCGAAGGGCGUGGUAGCUGACAAGAGUUAUGACUGAUUUUCCUGUGAUCAUCUUAGGGCAGUGGGGUGUAACGCCUUGUGAAAGUUGGAGCAUUUAAGUCGGCGACUGGCCGCUCCCUACCUCCAUCCUGCUGCUGACUGUUAGGUAGGAGGAAUUAAUGGCCGGUUUUAUUUUACAUCGAUCACUCUAUUCUGUUCUGUUUCUUUUGAACACCUUGAAUCGCGAUGUGUGUGCUUGUCGUGCAGCCUGUGGAUACACUCUCUCGUUUCUUGCCACUUCCUUCCUGUCGUCAUGUGACCUACAUGCUAAUCUGCAGAACGCUUAGCAGUGCAAGGCAGAAUCCCUCAUGAACAUUUCAAAUCCCUAUUCAAUGUACAUUUCCAACAAGACACUGCAGGAUGAAGCUGAAUGCGGUAGUAGACAGUUAUGAUGUCAGCAAGACAGCAAGUGUUCACGUUUAUUGGUUGUCUCGUGUGAGAAUUGAGAAUUGCAGAUCUACAAGUGCAUUAAGCAAUCUGGCCGAGGCCGGAUGUUGUGUUUCUUGCUGCAAGGCCAUUGCUGAGGUUGAAUGGUUUGGAAACUGGACCUCAUGAGUCUGGGGAAACUUGAGACAUCACACACAUGGACACGUACACAUACAUACAUGCACAUGCACAUGCACACGUACACACACACACACACACACACACACACACACACACACAAAAGUUCAAAAAGACAAACACUAACUUUUUUGUUUUCUAACAGGAGAGUUGAAUAGAUUUUAGACUGAGUCAUCCAUAACCACCAAGGAGAUACUCCCCAGCCCAGUGCCUAACCUGUCAAGGUUGUCUUUCCUUAUUGGAAACAGAAAGCAUCCGAGACCCUUUUUUUUUUUUUUUUUUUUUAACCCUGUAGGCCUUGUAAGUAUUUAAUGGCACAGACUCUCUCCCAGGUGGUUGUGUGAGGUAUACUACCCAGGCAGGAAGGGCAUUAUCCGUUAGUCCCAUAAGCCUUAAGUAGGAAUGACAAAUGUGCCAAAAGUAAUCAAGUAUUUCCUCCUAAACUUCUGUGGCCACUGAAUUUAAUUAAAUGGAGGCCCGUCAAGGUUGUACUGCCCUGUUUUAUUUGUUCAUUUUGAUAUUUAUUGCCAAUGCCUGUUAACUCGAAAUCCAUUUGGCACAUGCAAAUGGCAGCACUAAAGAGGAGGAUGUUGAAUCACUUCAUGGUGUUCACUGCCAGACAGCAUGAGCCACCUAGUUAAGAAAGUUCAAAGAUUGUUUACACAAGACUCUUCAGAUGUGGUUAAACUGUCUUUUUGUGACGGGUGGUCGCAAACCACUGUAAGCAUGUUAAUUUAGCGGGCCUGGCUCUGUGAACAACGUGUGACACCCUGAUAUGUCCAAAAGUCAAUAUGCAAACUUUUCUAGGACUGACUGAGAUGUUUGUGGUGAGAAGUUUCCCCUUUUCUGUGUAUUUAUAUACUAUCACCACUGUCAUAACUUUGCUCCUCUCUGUGUGGCAAUUAUUGUAUAUUCACAUGCUCUCUCCCCUUUCUUGCCAAUAACUGCUAUAUUUUUCAAUAAAAGAACCAGUGGUCCUCA